AUGACUUCUAAGGAUAGCCAACAGCCCGCAACCCCUGCGUCCAACAACACCGUGGCUCCCGCUGCUACGUCCUACGCUUCGGCUGCUGGCGCAGUAAAGAAGCCGUCGUCGACGCCCGUUGUUGCGACUGGGUCGAACCCGCCUAUUGUUGCUGCUGGCUCAUCUGCACACCCCUCGAACCAUGCAAAGUCGUCGUCCACAUUGCCUGUGAACGGCCGACUGAACAUAAUGCCCGCACUUCCUACCGUCGCUCACGGCACCAAUGGCCAAUCCGAUCAUAGCCGUAAAACCUCUGUUACAAUCGGAACUAAUGGGCCUAAUACCUACUCUACAAAUGGUGCUUCCGCUGGUGCCAAAUCUGGAAUUCAGUUUGGAUAUGACUCCCCAGCUGCUUCGCACAGCACUCCACAGCUCCCCUCUGCACACGUUGCUAUUCCUACUACUAAUCGUGUCGUGGAACCACGAGCUUCUCCCACUCCGAUCCCUCUGCCCUCGGCCAGUGGUGGCAGACCUCCAUCUGGCGCUGCGACAUCGAAUUCCACUUUAGCCUUUGGCAGUUUCGAAGACCCUCAGCCGCAUCACAGAAACCCUUCGGCCAGCCAAGACCCCAGCGCUCUUGGACCUCAGCACACUCCGCACAUUCGACGCGACUCUAAUGUUAGCGACAUCAGCAGCAACCACGCCGGACCUCAAGCUGGAGGAAUGAACCGCGGUAACUACCAUAAUCGUGGCAAUCGGGGCCACAACAAUGGGUACAGUAACGCCCCGGGAUAUCAUCCUUUCCCCCGUACCCAACAAGGUAGUCAAGGACGUGGAAUGUCUCAAAAUUAUCCCAAUAACGGUCGUCAACACGCCUUCGGCGGACCUCCGCCUCAGCAGAACCGCAGCCCAGCUAUGUCUCAUGCAGUUCCACAAAUGCCGAAUAUGCCUGCUGCUAGCCCACAAUUUUACAACUACCCUGCAGCAGGCCCUAACCAGGUACAUCAACAAAUAUUCCCUUCUCCCAAUCCACAUUGCUUUGAGCGCACACAACCCAAACAGAAAAAGAAGGGACUCCGUCGUGAUAGCGAGAAGUGCUCGCAGCUCUACCGACGAACAGAGCCCUUGAGGCAUGAUUCUGAUUCCAGACCUAGGCGCUGUAGUCGGCGACUUGAUUCGCGGUUUAGUAUCAUUGAUGAGCGACAACGAGCUGGCCAAUUCCCACUUGACAGGGUUGAUAGUUCAUCGACUCCUGAUUCACAAAUCGUUUCAUUGCCUCAGAAUUUCCCUAUCAACCCCCCGAUGGCUCAAGUAAUGGGUCACAUAGAUCUGUCUCCCGAGAGUGGGAAUUUUGAUCGGUUACUGACCAGAGUGAAACAGGGUUUCUAUGGACAGCCAUUCACCCCUGGGAAUAUGCAUAUGCAAUCAAUGGCUACAAUGGGUACAAUGAAUAUGGGUUAUCCUGCAUAUCCAGGAAUGCAUAGCGGGACCUCUCCUCAAAUACCAUAUCAACAACCUUUUGUACCACCCCAGUAUCCUACUCACCAGCCAAUGUCACGUAGUAAUUCUCAGUUAUCGGAACAAAGACCUGCUUCGAGUACUGGUCAGAGCCAAGUCCCAGUUCCACAAGGUACGCCUCAACAACAGGCUGCUCAGGUGAAGCCCGCCGCGGCGCAAGCUUCUCCUUAUGUUCGUCCUACGAAGAGAAGUGCUGCGAUCACUAUCAAAAACGAAGCCGGUGAAGAAAUUGAUUUUAAGAACCUGAAGCCCCCAGCUUCGCCAGCUUCGACUAGUCAUCAGUCGAGAACCCCGCCAGUCAUAUCAUCCACCCCUACGCCGCCUCCGAAGUCGUCAACACCUAAGUCCUUUAUGUCGGCACACGGUCGAACGGAUAGCACCUCUAAUUCAAAGUCUAUCGAGGAAAAGCGUAACGAGUUUAAAGAAAAGGUUCAGCAGACUGCCACUGGUGACAAAGAUAAGGAAGAAGAUGUGACUAAGGCCUCAACUGAGAAGACUUCAUCAGAACUACAGCCGAUGGGGACGACUGCUCAGAACGAGAACAAGGCAGUCGAAAGUACAAAGGACAUGGAUGAGAAGAAAUCAGAAGAAGUUACAAAACAGGUCGAUGAUGUCCCAACACCUGCCCCUAAUACCUCGGAUGAGCAGAGUGAAGAAGAUUUGGAAGCAAUAAUACGCGAGAUGGAAGAGGCUGAUGCGAAGCGUGAGAAAGAGGAAGAGGAGCGCCGUGUCAAAAGGCAAGCCGAGGUUGCCGAGAAGAAGAAAGCUGAGGAGGAGGCUCGAAUUGCUAACGCUGCUGAAAAUGACCGAAAGUUGCGUGAGCAAGAAAGAGAAAUGGAGCGGCUUGAAGAAGAAAAGGAGCGUAAACGUGCUGCUGCUCAAGAUGCCUCCACUGAAAGUGCUGCUGAACUCCUGAGGAAGAGGGCAGAUCCUACAGACGUCAACGCCAAGGAACCAACUUCUUCGCCCAGCGAGGCGGGCGGGAAGUCAGUUAGUCUCAGCCUGAAUGACAAACCAGUCUCUACUUCUGGUGCAAAGGGCAGCCCGAGCGGUCGCGCUCCCAAACCACAAGCCCUUAACCUUGCUACGCUCAGUAGCCUAGCUGUUGAGCCUCCUCAACCUAGCGCUGCCUUACAAUCACUGAAAUCGGCUAGGGUUCUAUCGGUGUUAAAUUCUGAUAUCUAUCCGGCGGGCAUCAAGUCGCCGAAUCCAGCUCUGAAUGCUGCUGUCGCCAAGAAGGGUACUUCAUUCAAGUACGACUCUGCUUUCUUGCUGCAGUUCAAAUCGGUCUUUACAGAGCAACCAUCCCUAGAUUUUCACCAGCAAGUCAAGAACCUCAUUGGCGAUGGUGAUGGCGGCCGAUCUGCUUCUCGGUCAGGCGGCGGUUCUAGAGGACCUCCUAGAAGUAGCGCCUCUGGUUUCCCCAUGGGCACUUUCGGUACCGGCGUAGUGUCACAACUUCCACCAGGCACCACUUCCUCACAGCGGUUUGAGAUAAGCAAUAAGUCGAUGGCUGGACGGCCCGGUAGUGGAAUCCAGCUUGGAAGCUUCUCCCGACCAGGAAGCGCGUUCGCUGGUGGCAAUUCAAUGAGCAGUCGAACCCCAUCCUCUAAUAUGGGUAGCAUGGCCCACUCUUCUCGGCAAACUAGUCGACGCAAUGCAAGCAAGCCCAAUACGCUUAAUGCCAAAGCGGAAGCCCAGGCAGCUAAGAAUAUGCCUCUGACCCAAGGCAUGAAGAUUGACCAACUUUUAACUAGCGCAACUGGCUGGAAGCCUCCUAGUGUUGGUAAGCCGACUACAUCCAGUAACCUGGCUGGCCAACCUAGCCUAAUGGAUCCUGCCAUGGUACAACGAAAAGUUAAGGCUGCUCUCAACAAGAUGACACCAGAGAAUUUUGAUCGCAUCUCAGAUCAGAUUCUGGAAAUUGCUGCGCAGUCAAAAGAGGAGACUGAUGGUAGAACACUUCGUCAAGUGAUUCAGCUUACUUUCGAGAAAGCGACCGAUGAGGCUCACUGGGCUUCAAUGUACGCUAAAUUCUGCAAGAAGAUGUUGGAGACAAUGAGCCCAGAUAUCCGAGACGAAGGUAUCAAAGACAGAAAUGGCAACGUGGUCAGUGGAGGCGCUCUGUUUAGAAAGUAUCUUCUCAACCGAUGCCAAGAAGAGUUCGAGCGUGGUUGGAAGCUUCAGCUUCCUGAGCCUAAAGAAGGCGAAGACCAAAAGGCCGCAGCGGCAGUCUUGCUAUCUGACGAGUAUUAUCAAGCCGCUGCUGCAAAGAGGAGAGGCCUGGGUCUGGUACAGUUUAUUGGCGAGUUGUACAAACUUGGCAUGUUGACGGAACGUAUUAUGCACGAAUGUGUAAGAAAGUUAGUCGACUACCAAGGCAUUCCUGAUGAAGCCGAGGUAGAGUCCCUCUGCAAGCUACUGAGGACCAUUGGUGGCAACCUCGACGCUGCUGAGAAGGGCAAGCCCAUGAUGGAUGCGUACUUCCAACGCAUUCAGUCCAUGAUAGAGCUUACUGGGCUGCCUAGUCGUUUACAAUUCAUGCUCAUGGAUGUCGUCGACCUACGAAGGGCCAACUGGGUUUCAAAAGAAGCCAAUAAAGGCCCCAAGACCCUCGAGGAGGUUCGAGCCGAAGCUGAAGCGAUUGCCGCUCAGAAGGCUGCCGAGAGUGCUCGAAGCAACCAAAGAGGCGGCGGUGGUGGUCGUGCGCAGCUUGGUCGCGGGGACGCGCGACACCUCCCGGGUGGCUUUCCUCAACCCGCACAAAACCAAGUUGGUAUGGACGAUCUUAGGCGUCUCAAGGGUGGUGCUAGUCGCCCAUCAAGUACCAAUCUUACACUUGGCCCAAUGUCAAUGCUGAAUUCGCGCAGCAACAGCGGUCGGCGCCUUGGUCCUGGUGGCUCUCUAAGCCGUGGUGCGGAUGAUUCAGGCGCUUCUUCAAGGACCGGUACCCCCCCAGUCAGAGAAACGCCAACUAGUACCAAUUCGUUUGGUCUAUUGGCCAACAUGGAUUCGGACCAUCCAGGUUCGCCUCCGUCAACUGCAGCGUCCCCCGCCUUGGCUAAGGCCACGCCCGAGUCAUCAACAGCUGCCGAGAAAGAGGGCAACUGA